AUGAAGUAUUUGAACUUCACCUUUGUGUUUCAGUUCAUAAUCAGCAUUAAUUAUGCCUCUUUCUGCGAGGCAUUUUCUCUUUUUGGAGAUGGCAAAUCCUUUGCCAACUUUGGUGAGCAACUAAAGUCCCCUCGAAAUACACAGCAGACACUCAAAGCAAAUCGCUUUGACUCAGAUGAUCUGCUAAUGACAACUUUGAUCUCACCUAUUGAUACAGGUUAUAGCUUAAGACUUAGGACUGUAGAUCCUUCUAAGCUAGGAAUUGACACUGUUAAACAAUGGUCUGGCUACAUGGACUACAAAGACUCCAAGCAUUUUUUUUACUGGUUUUUUGAAAGUAGGAAUGAUCCUGCCAACGAUCCUAUUAUUCUUUGGUUAAAUGGUGGGCCCGGUUGCUCCUCCUUCACUGGAUUGCUAUUUGAACUAGGACCCUCGUCAAUUGGCGCCGACAUGAAACCAAUCCAUAACCCUUAUUCCUGGAACAAUAAUGCUUCGAUGAUCUUUCUGGAACAACCUUUAGGGGUCGGAUUUUCUUACGGUGAUGAAAAAGUUUCUUCCACGAAGUUAGCCGGCAAGGAUGCUUACAUUUUUUUGGAACUAUUUUUUGAAGCCUUUCCUCAUUUGCGUUCGAACGAUUUUCAUAUUGCGGGAGAGUCUUAUGCAGGUCAUUAUAUUCCUCAAAUUGCUCAUGAGAUAGUUGUAAAGAACCCUGAAAGAACGUUUAAUUUAACCUCUAUCAUGAUUGGGAAUGGUAUUACCGAUUCUUUAAUUCAGGCGGAUUAUUAUGAGCCGAUGGCAUGUGGUAAAGGCGGCUAUCGACCCGUUCUUUCAUCGGAAGAAUGUGAGAAAAUGAAAAAAGCCGCAGGUCGCUGUCGUAGAUUGAAUAGGCUAUGUUAUGCCUCUAAAUCAAGUAUUCCAUGCAUACUCGCCACGACCUAUUGCGACUCCGCACUUUUGGAGCCGUAUACGAAGACAGGGCUCAAUGUUUAUGAUAUCAGAGGACCCUGCGAAGAUAAUAGCACUGACGGCAUGUGUUAUACUGGUCUUGGUUAUGUUGAUCAGUACAUGAAUUUUCCUGAAGUUGAAGAAGCACUGGGCUCCGAUGUGCACAAUUAUUCCGGCUGUGAUAAUGACGUAUUCACGGGAUUUUUGCUCACAGGUGAUGGAAGCAAACCAUUUCAGCAAUACGUUGCAGAACUAUUAAAUCACAACCUUCCGGUAUUAAUUUAUGCCGGUGACAAGGAUUAUAUUUGUAAUUGGUUAGGAAACCAUGCUUGGACUAAUGAGCUAGAAUGGAUCAAUAAACCUAGAUAUCAAAGAAGAAUGUUAAGGCCAUGGAUUAGUGAAGAAACAGGUGAAGAGUUAGGACAAGUCAAAAAUUACGGCCCUUUCACCUUUUUAAGAGUAUAUGAUGCAGGCCACAUGGUGCCCUAUGAUCAGCCGGAAGCAAGCUUGCAAAUGGUUAACAACUGGAUUUCUGGUAACCGUGAAUUUUUCAAGCACUCUUCGCCUUGA